AUGGCUUCGCUACCGAGCAACUACGGCGCGCAGAGGCUGACUGUGCUUGCCGCGAGCGCGCUCGUCGCCCUGUGCUCGGGAACGAAUUAUGUCGUCUCUGCGUACGCGCCGCAACUGGGCUCCCGAUUGCACCUCACGCAUACCGAGCUCAACAUUGUCACCAUCGCGGGCAACUUUGGAGUGUACAUCUCCGGGCCCUUCACGGGCCGCAUCAUGGACACGCGCGGUCCGCGCCCGCUGCUCAUCGUCGCGUUCUUCGGUCUCCUCUGCGGCUACCUCGGCAUCCGCGCGACGUUCGACCGCGGGCUGUUGGGCGACGAGAAGACGCUGAGCCGCGCGCGCCUCUUCGCGCUGAUCUUCUGCAGCUACCUCACGGGCAUGGGCGGCAACUCGGCGAUGAGCACGGCGAUGAACAGCACGGCCAAGUCGUUCCCCGACAGCUCGCGCGCCGUCGUCGUCGGCAUCGUCAUGUCCGGCUUCGGGCUGUCCGCGUUCCUCUUCAGCACGCUCUCGCACGUGCUGUUCCCGGGCAACACCAGCGACUUCCUGCUCGUGCUGGGGCUGGGCACCGCGCUGCCGAUGGUGCUCGGAUUCUUCGUUGUGCGCCCGAUCCCGCUGCCGCCGCAUCAGCAGUCGCACAUCGUGCCGUCGUCUGAGCGGCCUACGGGCGGCGCGGCGUACCGACGUGUCAGCUUCGACGGCGCUCCGGCGGCUGUGCGCGCGAACUCUAUGACGCGCCUUUUGAGCCCGCCGCCGACGUCUACGAGCCUGGUCGACGACUACGACGAGCCGACCGAUGGGCACUACAGCGAUCUCAGGCCAACUCUGGUCCCGGGCUCACGGAGCUCGUCGCACGCGCGUAUGCUGUCCGACUCGGUGCAGCUCACGCCCAGCACGGAGAACUUGAUACAUCGGAGUGUCAGCAGGGGGCCGAGGGUGCGGGAGGUCGUGUUUGAGAAGGCGCAGGAGGGGCGCGGGGUGGAUCUGCAUAGCCCGCAUAUAUUCAAGAGCGUCGACUUUUGGAUCGCGUGCUUUUUGAACGUCAUGUUCAGUGGUACGGGCAUCAUGUACAUCAACAACGUCGGCUCGAUAGCCCAGGCCCUCUUCUCCCAGAACAACCCCGCGUACGACCCCACACAAGCCGCCGCAUGGCAGGCGGCGCAAGUGAGCACCAUCAGCGUGAUGAACUUCGCCGGCCGCGUUGCGAUCGGGAUCGCGGCGGACAUCAUGAAGCAGCGCUUCGGGCGCCCGCGCUCGUUCUGCAUGACGGGCGUCGCGGCGCUGUUCAUUAUAAGCCAGUUCGUGCUGAUCAAUACGGGCGACGUGAGCAAGCUGUGGAUCGCGAGCGCGUGCUUGGGGUUCGCGUAUGGGUCGCUGUUUGGGCUGUUGCCGACGCUUACUAUCGAGUGGUUUGGACUCGCGCACUUUAGCGAGAACUGGGGCUUCAUAUCGCUCUUCCCCGUCGUAGGCGGCAACCUCUUCUCGCUCGCGUUCGGGAAGAACCUCGACGCGCAUUCGACGCCUCAAGCAUCCUCCGACCCGAGCUCAGCCUCAGCAUCAGCAUCCGCCGCAUUGAGUGCCGCGUCGUCUGUUCUGGGAGAGGGGCAGAAGCUCGGCACGCGAGGCGGUCUGCCGUCGGACGAUGGUCCUCAAUGUUACGACGGGCGGACGUGUUAUAUCGACAGUGUCUAUCUGACGCUUGGGGCCUGCGUCUUCGCUCUGCUUCUUGCAGUAUGGGCGGGCUACCGCGACUGGCAUGACGCCCGGGAAAGACACGAAGAGGGGAUUGAGACUGUUUUGUGGGAGGAAGACGAGGAUGAAGAGUAG